CCUCGUAGCAAAAAUUGAAUUGCAAUUCCAGAGGUCACAGACACGACACACAAUGGACUCUAACCAUGUCCACGUCGCCCAACACGUGGACUGCCAAACGACACUGCCCUCUGAGAGAGAGAGAGAGAGCGAAAACGACGAGUCGUUGCACGUCCUCCUCCUCCUUCAAGCUCCGUCGUUUUGGCGUUCUUCCUCGUCUCCUCCAACUCUACUUUUCCUCCAGAGAUUCGUCACGUAAAGCCGCCCCGUUCCCCCACUCCCUCCUGGAUCGCCAUGGCCGCCGUCAACCUGAGUCGCCGACUCGCCUCCCUCGCGGACCUCUCCGCCCCGAAGCUGGCGCUCGCUCGCGCCGGGUCCGAGUCCCUGGCCCGCUCCGUCGCCUGCGCGGCGGCCCGGCUGCUCGGCUCGUCGGCCGAGCAGCCCCGGGGGAGCCCCGGCGGUGAGCCGCGGGGGGACGCCUCGAAGGAGGUCCGGCAUCAACAGGAAGAGGAAGAACCCCGAGAAGAAGAAGAAGAAGAAGAAGAAGAAGAAGAAGAAGAGGACGAGGACGAGGACGAGGACGAGGGCGGGCACGUCAACAAAGAGACGGGCGAGAUCGGCGGCCCCAGGGGCCCCGAACCGACCCGCUACGGCGAUUGGGAGCGAAACGGCCGCUGCUCCGAUUUCUGAGGCCACCCCCUUUUUCCGGUAGCGUGACGCGUUUCGUUGUGUACCCUCUUUUCCUUCCCCACUCCCCGUUUUUUUUAGUGAUCGUAUGGAUUA